AUGGCACCCUCCCUUUCCAUUUCCAUUGUCCUCAUUGCAUGGGCUACCUCUAUCUUCUUCUAUGGAACCUAUUUGGAUACUCCAGCUCAAUUUGUGGGGGCAUCUGAACCAUCAGCACUACAACUAGAAGGAAAGGCUCUGUUGGAUAGUGGGUGGUGGGGAAGGGCCAAAACCAGCAAUGCCUCUGGUCAUUGCGAGUGGCCUGGUAUUACUUGCAAUGCAGGUGGAAGCGUCACAGAGAUUGGAGUUGCUUUCAAUUUGGGAGUGAUGUCAAAACUCAACCUCUCUUCUUUUCCAAAUUUAGUCCGUCUUGAUCUUCACAGAACUGGACUUCAGGGGAGUAUCCCAGUUGAGAUAGGUAAGCUAUCGAAACUCACCUACCUUGAUUUGUCUUAUAAUAGUCUAACAGGUGCGAUGCCUCUUUCACUCACAAACCUUACCCAAUUAGUGGUGUUUAACGUUUCUUCUAAUCAAAUCACUGGACCAAUCCCUGCCUCUCUUUCACUUCUAAUCCAUCUUACCCAUGUCGUUUUGUAUGAAAAUCAAAUCAACGGUUUCAUACCAUCAGAAAUAGGAAAGCUAAGGAAUUUGGUCAUCUUAUACCUACACAGUAACAUGCUCACUGGUCCAAUCCCUUCCACUUUGGGUAAUUUAACUAAUUUGGAAAACCUGAUUCUUUCUUCCAAUCAAAUCAAUGGUUCCAUUCCCCCAGAAAUAGGAAAUAUAAGGAAUUUGAUUUUCUUGUCACUCUGGAAUAACAGCCUCAAUGGCCAAAUCCCUUCAACUAUAGGUCAUUUAACCAAUUUGACAUUUUUUGAUCUUGGUUCCAAUCAAAUCGAUGGUCAAAUCCCUUCAACUAUAGGUCAUUUAACUAAUUUGACAAUUUUGUAUCUUGAUUCCAAUCAAAUCAAUGGUUCCAUUCCCCUAGAAAUAAGAAACCUAAAGAAUUUGUCUACUUUGUAUCUUGCUUAUAACAAUCUCACAGGCCAUAUCCCUGUAGAAAUAGGGACCUUGAAUAGUUUGUUGACUUUGAAUCUCAGUCAUAACAAUCUAAUUGGUCAUAUCCCCACUCAAAUCGGCAACCUUCAUUCAUUGAAUUUUCUUGACCUUAGUCAUAACUUUAUGAGUGGAGAACCACCUAUUGAACAUGAGACUGUUGACAAGUUACAGAGCUUGGAUAUCAGCUACAAUAAUCUUACCGGCAAUGUUCCCAAUAAUUACGUUUCUAUUAAAAGAGUCAACUUGUCAUACAAUUCUUUGACAGGUCCGAUUCCAAUAGAUUUUGAUCAGUACCAUACACCCGACACAUUAAUUGGCAACAAAUAUUUGUGUGGUGACACCAUGGGUUUCCCUCCUUGCGCUCCAACUAGUAACAAAUCAACUGUAACAAAAGUGAAAAUUUUCGUUACGAUCGCCAUUUCCCUUGGAUUCUUAGUUCUUGGGGGCUUUUUCCUAUGUCGAUGCAUGGUCAAGGAAACCCAAUUUGAGUCGACAGAAACAAAGAAUGGAAAUUUGUUCUCGAUAUGGAAUUAUGAUGGACAUAUUGCAUAUGAAGAUAUCAUUGAAGCAACCGAGGAUUUUGAUCUAAAAUAUUGUAUUGGAACUGGUGGUUACGGUAGCGUUUACAAAGCAAAAUUGCCUGGUGGAAAAGUGAUUGCCUUGAAGAAACUUCACCGGUUGGAGGCUGAGAACCCGACUUUUGAUAUGAGUUUUAGAAAUGAGGUAAAAGUGUUAACAGAGAUUCGUCAUCGAAACAUCAUAAAACUUCAUGGGUUCUGUUUGCAUAAGCGAUGCAUGUUUUUGGUUUACGAGUACAUGGAAAGGGGAAGCCUAUUUUGUAUCCUAAAUAGCGAUGUUGAAGCUAUGGAAUUGGAUUGGAGCAAGAGAGUAAACAUCAUCAAAGGCACUGCCCACGCUUUAUCUUACCUGCAUCGUGAAUGCAUUCCAGCAAUUGUUCAUCGAGAUAUAACAAGCAACAAUAUUCUAUUGAACAAUAAACUCGAGGCUGUUGUCUCUGACUUUGGCACAGCUAAGCUUCUUGAUCCUGAUUCGUCCAAUCAAACGUUAGUUGUUGGCACUUACGGUUACGUUGCCCCAGAGUUGGCAUAUACCAUGAAAGUUACUGAAAAGUGCGAUGUUUAUAGCUUUGGAGUUGUGGCACUUGAAAUAUUAAUGGGAAAACAUCCAAUGGAAUUUAUGACUUCAUUAUCCUCAACUUCUUCUCAGAAUAUGAUGUUAUAUGAAAUAUUAGACCAACGUUUGCCACCUCCCAAUCAUCUGGUUGCACAAGAUAUUUUCCUCAUUGCUACAAUAGCAUUUGCAUGCAUACACACCAAACCAAAGUCUCGGCCUACAAUGCAAUGCGUGACUCAAGAAUUUCUUUCUCCAAAGAAAUCAAUAGCCAAGCCUUUACAUGCAGUUUCACUAAGGCAGCUAAGGAACCAAGAAAUGCAUAUGGUUGCAUGCAUGAGGGAAUGA